CGGGAGCGAGCGCGAGGGCGGCGACGGCGAGGGCGGCGGGAGCGCACAGACACGCACACGCACACGCGCACACACGGACACACACUCCGGGGACGCACACCCGCGCGUACACACGCUGAGGCAGCUCGCCUUCCUGCCUGGCUUCCUUCCUGUCUGCUCCGCGCCUGACAGGCCCCUCGCUGCAGGCAGGGGCCGCCCGCACCGGGCAGAGGCCGGGCCGGGCCGGCGGCGAGGGCAUCGGGGGCCGCGGGUGGCGGCAGCGGCUCAUGCCCGGCCUGUCCCUGCGAGGGGCGGGCACCGUGACUCGGCUGGGCCCCCAGCGGCGGGCGAUGUGAAGAUGUCAGUGGGCUGUGCCUGUCCUGGUUGUUCCUCAAAGUCAUUCAAGCUGUACUCGCCGAAGGAGCCCCCGAACGGCAACGCCUUCCCUCCCUUUCAUCCCGGCACCAUGCUGGAUCGGGAUGUGGGCCCAACUCCCAUGUACCCGCCUACAUACCUGGAGCCUGGGAUAGGGAGGCAUACACCAUAUGGUAACCAAACCGACUAUAGAAUAUUUGAGCUUAACAAACGGCUACAGAACUGGACAGAGGAGUGUGACAAUCUCUGGUGGGACGCUUUCACGACUGAGUUCUUUGAGGAUGAUGCCAUGUUGACCAUCACUUUCUGCCUGGAGGACGGACCAAAGAGAUACACCAUCGGCCGGACCCUGAUCCCACGCUACUUCCGCAGCAUUUUUGAGGGGGGUGCUACUGAGCUGUAUUAUGUACUUAAGCACCCCAAGGAGGCAUUCCACAGCAACUUUGUGUCCCUCGACUGUGACCAGGGCAGCAUGGUGACCCAGCACGGCAAACCUAUGUUCACCCAGGUGUGUGUGGAGGGCCGGUUGUACCUGGAGUUCAUGUUUGACGACAUGAUGCGGAUAAAGACAUGGCACUUCAGUAUCCGGCAGCACCGAGAACUCAUCCCCAGGAGCAUUCUGGCCAUGCACGCCCAGGACCCCCAGAUGCUGGAUCAACUCUCCAAAAACAUUACCCGGUGUGGGCUAUCCAAUUCUACUCUCAACUACCUCCGACUCUGUGUGAUACUCGAGCCCAUGCAGGAACUCAUGUCCCGCCACAAGACCUACAGCCUCAGCCCCCGAGACUGCCUCAAGACCUGCCUUUUCCAGAAGUGGCAGCGCAUGGUAGCACCUCCUGCGGAGCCUGCACGGCAGCAGCCCAGCAAACGGAGGAAACGGAAGAUGUCAGGGGGUAGCACCAUGAGCUCGGGGGGUGGCAACACCAACAACAGCAACAGCAAGAAGAAGAGCCCAGCCAGCACCUUCGCUCUCUCCAGCCAGGUACCUGAUGUGAUGGUGGUGGGGGAGCCCACCCUGAUGGGCGGGGAGUUCGGGGACGAGGACGAGAGGCUCAUCACUCGGCUGGAGAACACCCAGUUUGACGCGGCCAACGGCAUUGACGACGAGGACAGCUUUAACAACUCCCCUGCACUGGGCGCCAACAGCCCCUGGAACAGCAAGCCUCCAUCCAGCCAAGAAAGCAAAUCGGAGAAUCCCACGUCACAGGCCUCCCAGUAAAGGCCCUGCGAUGGCCACCCAGUGCUCUGCCUGCCCCACCCCUCACAGCCCCAGGGAGCAGAAGACAAUAAGAGACUGAGCAUCUGAAAUGGGCAACCUCCAUCCACCCACUUCAGGGAGGAACUGGACUCACUGGGGGCAGGUGCCAAGAUUUGUCCCCCAGUUGCCCUGGGCUGGGCCUGGCCCCUGCAGAGCCUUUUGGGGGAAGGGGGUACUCAUGUGGAUGCCUAUGUGGACCCUGGGCCUCUGAGAAAUGUCCUGACCCACCUCUCCCCAGGGCAUUUGCCCCCAUUCUCACCCCAGGUUCUGGGUGUCCCAGCUUCCUGAUUUAUCCCUCUGAGCCUGGGGUUUAUACCCACAGCCCUUAGGGGCUUAAACUUAAGGGGCUUGGUUGAAUGCCUUUCCCCUAGGCGGCUGUUAACGGGGUAAAAUUCUGGGCUCCUCCCUUUUGCCACUUACCCAGCUCCAAGUUUUUAAAAAAAAUAAUAUUAUUAAAAAUGUAAAUUAAAAAAGAAAA